UGCAAGCACUGUUGGAGCUGAACGCGGCAUGGCAGGUGUGGGAGGGGAGGAGCAAUGCCUCACGGGGCUGCAGCGAGUGGGACUACAUCACGUGCAACCAGCGCGGUUUCGUCACGUCCCUUGACUUGUCCGAGUAUGCUAUGGUCAAUUCCACCAUGCCGCUCACCCUCUUCUCGCGCAUGCCCGACCUCCGACGCCUUGUGCUCGCCAGCAACAUCUUUCUCCACGGCUCCAUCACCCAACUCGCUCUCCCAACGUCCCUCCGCGUGCU